AUGGUUGCUAACAAGAAUUACGAAUACGACAUAAAAAACGCUUUCGCGAUGAGUCGCUUCUUUUUUCGCUUGUUAGGCAUAUGGCCAUUUGCCCGCACGAAUUCCAUUUAUCUGGAACUGAUAGAGACAGUUACGUUGACUUUUCUGUGUAUCGGUCUUAUCGUGUGGGAGACGAUCUCGACUCUGCUGUAUAUGUUCCUAAUACUGACGGACUUUCAUUUGAGGCUGAAAUUCACGGGCUGCGUGGUAUACUCGCUGGUAGGACUAAUCAAAUACGGCUACCUGUUGCUUUACAAGAAUCAAGUACGAAACUGUCUAAUGCUGGUCGACGAAGACUGGCGAAACGUCGUCAAUCCAAGCGAUCGCAUCGCGAUGAUCGACAGAGUCAGAACUGGAAAACGUCUGAUUCUGAUAUGCGCGCUAUUUGCAUACCUGACCGGUCUGACUUUCCGAAUAGUCAUGCCGUUGUCACUGGGAAAGAUCGUUACUCCUCAAAAUGUCACUAUCAGACCAUUACCGUGCCCGGCAUAUCUCGUUAUACUUGACGUGCAGCGUAGUCCCACUUACGAAAUCGUAUAUUUCUUGCAAAGUGUCUCAGGAUUUUUGAAGUACACGAUUGUGAUGGCAACCUUUAGUUUCGUGACCAUUUGCGGGAUGCACUUUUGCGUGCAGUCGGAGAUACUCGUGACGUUAAUGAAUGAUUUCGUGAAUGAGAGUCGACCGGAAAACUUGAACAGGAAGUUGGCCACUGUCGUAGAGCAUCAAAUUAAAAUAAGGAAUUUCUUACAAGUGGUGCAGAGUGCCACUCAAUAUCCAAGUUUAACAGAAGUCCUGGGGUCUACUUCCAUGCUAUGCCUCGUAGGAUAUUACGUGAUUAUG